AUGGAGACUUGUUGUUCUUCAUCUUCAUCUUCUUUAUCUUCUUCUUCUUCUUCUGUAAACGUCGGCGUUUUUAAGAAUGUGUUUUUACCAUCAUCGACGUGUCUUUCGUUGCGGCAACCGCAAUCGAAAUCAUCGUCUUCUUUCGCGGAAGGAGGACGAUUUGGUCGUGCUUUGAACACGACGGCAGCGACGAAAGAAGAAACCAGUAACAAAAGUCAAAACGAAAUUGAAAUGAAAGGCAUCACUCUGAGAGGCCGCCCGAUGUAUUUGGACAUGCAAGCGACCACCCCAGUGGAUCCGAGAGUUUUAGACGCCAUGUUGCCAUAUUUCGUGAGCUCGUACGGGAACCCGCACUCGCGAACGCAUUAUUUCGGGUGGGAGGCGGAAAAUGCGAACGAAGAGGCGAGGAAGAACGUGGCAGAUGUGAUUGGAGCGACGGAGAAAGAGAUUAUUUUUACCAGUGGAGCGACGGAGUCGAAUAACAUGGCGAUUAAAGGCAUCGCGAAUUUUUAUAAGUCGGGAGGGAAGACGCACGUCAUCACGACGCAAACGGAACACAAGUGCGUUUUGGAUUCGUGCAGGCAGUUGCAACAAAACGGAUUCGACGUGACGUAUUUGCCGGUGAAAACGAACGGUUUGAUCGAUUUAGAGGAGUUGAAGAAAGCUAUUCGCCCUGGGGAGACGUGUUUGGUAUCGGUGAUGGCGGUAAAUAACGAAAUCGGAGUCGUGCAGCCAUUGAAGGAAAUCGGGGAGAUUUGUCGCGCGAAUAAGGUGUUUUUUCACACGGAUGCCGCGCAGGCGGUUGGUAAGAUUCCCUUGGACGUGGACGAGAUGAAAAUUGAUUGCAUGUCAAUCUCGGGGCACAAAAUUUACGGCCCGAAAGGUGUCGGUGCCAUUUACGUUCGAAGACGACCAAGGGUUAGAAUGGAACCAAUCAUCAACGGUGGUGGUCAAGAGAGAGGUUUACGAAGCGGGACGUUACCGACGCCGUUAUUGGUCGGGUUAGGCGAAGCCUGCAAAGUCGCUAAAGAGGAAAUGGAAUACGAUCACAAACACGUCGAAAGGCUUUCCAAACGAUUGUUGGACGGGUUGAAAGAACGCAUUCCGUAUUUAGUCGUAAACGGUGACGAGGAGCAAAGAUACCCGGGUAACUUGAACGUAUCGUUUGCAUACGUUGAAGGUGAAUCGUUAUUGAUGGGUUUAAAAGAUUGCGCGGUUUCCUCUGGGUCGGCGUGUACGAGCGCGAGUUUGGAACCGAGUUACGUGUUGAGAGCGCUGGGCGUGGAAGAGGACAUGGCGCACACGAGCAUUAGAUACGGAAUCGGGAGAUUCACCACGGAGGAAGAGGUGGACCGCGCGGUAGAGUUGACAGCAGAAGUCGUGGAAAAGUUGAGAGAGAUGAGUCCGUUGUACGAGAUGGUGCAAGAAGGGAUUGACAUUUCAAAGAUCCAGUGGAGCUCUCAUUAG